AAGAAGGCGCAUGGAAAAUCUAAAGAAGCAUAGUUCAACUUGUGAGGCCAGAUUUGAAAAGGAAAAGAUAAAUCCCGAAGCGCAGAUGUCAGACACCGAGGCUGCCAGUACCUCUGAGGCUGCCAGUACUUCUGGGUCGAUAGUCAAUGUGUUGGAUGAUGCACCACCGUUGAUCAGAACAGACAGUAUAUACUUGACCAAAGCUAUGCUUGGAUACAAGACUGAUGACUCAAUAACCAGCAUUGACAACAGUGAAGGUGAUUAUGUCCCAGGGCCAUCAGAAUCAUCAGAGGAAGACAAUUCUGAUGAUUUUUCAGAACCAAAGACAAGGGUGGACAGCAGUAAACACGUUGAUUUAGUCUCAGAGGGAGACAGUUCAGAUAAAAUAGCAGGAGUCAAGAGAAGGAAUCACUACAAGAAGACUAGCAAGAGAUGCAGAAGUUCCUCAGAAGAAAACAGCUCAAAUGAAGAAACAGAACUCAAGAGAAAGAAUCAAUAUGCAAAUACUUAUAAGAGAUGUACUAGUUCCCCAAUGUCAAACACUAGCAGUGAAUCAUUGCUUGUAAUGAAUGUCUCAGAAUUAGAUGGAUCCAAAAAGUACCACCAAAAAAAGCACUUCUGUCUGUUUUGCGAGCAACCGCAAUCCAAAAUUGCCCGUCAUUUACAAUGUAAACAUGGGGAUGAAAUAGAAGUAGCUACUGCACUUCGGUUUGCAAAGAGAUCAAAAGCUAGGAGACUUCAGCUGAAUCUUCUUCGCAAGAAGGGGAAUCGGGCACACAACAUUCAGGCACUUAAAGAAGGAAAGGGGGUUUUGGUACCAUGUAAACAAACAAGUAAUGACAAGACCAAUCACCAGGACUAUCAGCAUUGUUUUGCCUGCCAUGGGCUCUUUAAACGCAAAUCUAUGUGGAGGCAUGUGGCAAGGUGCACACUAGCACAACACGUUCGAAAGGAGAUGCCUGGCAAAACCAGAAUACAGGCGCUCUGUGCUAAUGCUCAACCGAUUGCUAAAGGAGUGAGUGAAAAGAGCUGCUUAUCAAAGAGCGGUGCUCAUGUGGAGUGA